AUGGCGUCGUCUAUCACUGCUCCGGCCGCUGCCCCCGGCAGCGUCGUCAGGCCACCGGCUAAGGUCGCCCCUAACGAUCCCCGCAAGAACGCCGAUGGCUCUGCUGUUGUCACUUGGAAGGGCCCAAUGCGAGCGGCUCCCGCGCGGAAAAAGUGGCCCAACCCGUUCCAGCGCAUGGUGGCAGCUGCGUUGGACGCGGUGGAGGACAGGCUUGUCGCCGGCAUCCUCGAGCGCAAGCACCCGCUGCCGCGAACGGUGGAUCCGGCCGUGCAGAUCGCCGGUAACUACGCGCCGGUGGGGGAGCUUCCACCCGCCGGGCCGGAGGACCUCCCUGUCGUGUCAGGCCGCGUCCCGGCGUGCCUCGAAGGCGUGUACGUCCGCAACGGCGCCAACCCGCUCCACGCGCCGCGCGCUGGCCACCACCUGUUCGACGGCGACGGGAUGCUCCACGCCGUACGCCUAGGCGGUGGCCGUGCCGAGUCCUACGCGUGCCGGUUCACGGAGACGGCAAGGCUUCGGCAGGAGCGCGAGAUUGGCCGCCCCAUUUUCCCCAAGGCUAUCGGCGAGCUCCACGGCCACUCUGGCGUGGCGCGGCUGGCGCUCUUUGGGGCAAGGUCGCUCUGUGGCGUGGUCGACGCGUCUCAAGGGAUCGGUGUCGCCAACGCUGGGCUGGUGUACCACGACGGCCGCCUCCUCGCCAUGUCCGAGGACGACCUCCCCUACCACGUUCGCGUCACCCCCGAUGGCGACCUUGAGACGGUCGGCCGCUACGACUUCAAUGGGCAGCUCGAUGGCGCCAUGAUCGCGCACCCCAAGCUCGACCCGGCCACCGGCGAGCUUUUUGCGCUCAGCUACAAUGUUGUCUCGAAACCUUACCUCAAGUACUUGUACUUCACAGCCGACGGGCACAAAUCCCACGACGUCGAUAUCCCGGUCGACGAGCCACCAAUGAUCCACGACUUUGCCGUCACCGAGAACUACGCCGUCGUCCCUGACCAGCAGAUCGUUUUCAAGCUCCAAGAGAUGGUGCUAGGCGGCUCGCCGGUGGUGUACGACAAGAACAAGACGGCGCGGUUCGGCGUGCUGCCGAAGCGCGCUGCCAACGCUUUGGAGCUCCGGUGGGUGGAGGUCCCCGACUGCUUCUGCUUCCAUCUCUGGAACGCGUGGGGGGGCGAGGCCACCGGUGAGAUCGUAGUCAUUGGGUCCUGCAUGACACCGCCGGACGCCGUGUUCAACGAGUCACCGGACCAGGAGCAGAGCUUCCGCAGCGUGCUCUCGGAGAUACGCCUCGACCCGCGCACCGGUACGUCCCGCCGCCGCGCCGUGCUGCGGGAGGCCGACCAGGUGAACCUUGAGGCCGGCAUGGUGAACCGGCAGCUCCUGGGGAGGAAGACGCGGUAUGCCUACCUCGCCAUCGCUGAGCCGUGGCCCAGGGUUUCCGGUUUCGCCAAGGUGGACCUCGAGUCCGGCACGGCGGAGAAGUUCACCUACGGCGAGGGUCGGUACGGCGGUGAGCCCUGCUUCGUGCCGCACGCGGAUGGCUCCGGCGCGGAGGACGACGGGUACGUGCUCUGCUUCGUGCACGACGAGAGCCGCGGUAGCGCCGACGGCACGUCGUCGGAGCUACUGGUUGUCAACGCCCGGGACUUGCGCUCGGAGGCCACUGUAGAGCUGCCGGGGCGCGUGCCGUACGGAUUCCACGGCACGUUCAUCACCGCCACGGAGCUGCAGCGACAGGCCCAGCUAUAG